GUGGUGGUCUCAUCCUGAGAGCGGGGCCAGUGCGUCUCUGUGAACAUGCCCACCGUCCAGAAGACGUUGAUGUACUCGGUGAGCUUCCUCUCCGGCUUGGGGUCUUUCAUCGUCAUCUGCGCUGCCCUGGCCACUCACCGGUGGAUCAGCAGCACCAUCCUCAUCAGCGACGCCUCGUCCAACGGCAGCAUUUUCAUCACGUACGGGCUCUUCCGCGGGGAGAGUCACCAAGAAUUCAGCCAAGGGUUGGAAGAGAUGACAAAACACUUUGCAGUCCUAGGGCUGCUGGCGGCCUCUGUGGCGAAGACCCUGCAGACGGUGGUGGUGCUCCUGUUGGCGCUGGGCCUGGCGGCCUCGGGGCUGGGCUGCGUCUUCUGUUUCUACAACGCGGUCAGCAACCCCUACCAGACCUUCCUGGGCCCCCCGGGCGUCUACACCUGGAGCGGCCUGAGCGCCUCCUUCGUCCUGGUGGGCAUGGUUCUGUUCGCAGUUAACACACAGUCCAGCCGCGUCUCCGAGGACCUGGUGCAGAAGCUCUACCCCGUCUACCCCACCUCCAGCCACAAGGGGGUGACGCACAGCUACGGCCUGUCCUUCUGGCUGCUGCUGCUGGCCCUGGCGCUGGACGUGGUCACCACGGUGGUCAUCGCCUUCUACCAGAGGGCCAGGAGCCAGCAGCGGCAGGAGCAGAGGAAGCCCGUGGAGUCGGCACCCCGGGACGGCAUCCUCUUCUGAGCCCCUGGCCUGUCCCCCGUC